GUUUACUUGUUCCCUUUUAAUAAUCCUCCUUUCUUUUUCCAAAAGCUCUGUCAAGUACAUGGAGCCACAGAAUCUAACAAGUGUCCCAGAAUUCCUCCUCCUGGGCCUCUUUCAGGAUCCAGAACUGCAACCAAUCCUGUUUGGGCUGUUCCUGUCCAUGUACCUGAUAUCUGUGGCUGGGAACCUGCUCAUCAUCUUGGCCGUCACAUCUGACCCGCAUCUUCACUCCCCCAUGUACUUCUUCCUCUCCAGCCUGUCCUUGGCUGACAUCGGUUUCAUUUCCACCACAGUCCCAAAGAUGCUAGUGAACAUCCAGACACAGAGAAAAUCCAUCACCUAUGGGGGCUGCCUGAUACAAGUGUCCUUUUUGUAUCUCUUUGGAUGUCUGGACAAUCUGCUGCUCACAGUAAUGGCUUAUGACCGGUUUGUGGCCAUCUGUCACCCCCUGCACUACACAGUCAUCAUGAACCCCCGCCUCUGUGGCUUGCUAGUUUUGGUGUCCUUUUUCAUCAGCCUUUUGGACUCCCAGCUGAACCUUUCAACGGUGUCACAACUUACCUUCUGCACAGAUGUGGAAAUCCCUCAUUUCUUCUGUGACCCUCCUCAAAUCUUUAACCUUGCAUGUUCUGACACCUCCAUCAAUAUCGUAUUAGUAUAUUGUAUUGGUGCCAUCUUUGCUGGUGUUCCAGUCUCAGGAAUCCUUCUCUCUUACACUCGAAUUGCUUCCUCCAUUCUGAGAGUUUCAUCUUCACGUGGGAAGUAUAAAGCCUUUUCCACCUGUAGCUCUCACUUGUCAGUCGUUUGCUUAUUUUAUGGAACAGGCCUUGGAGUGUACCUCAGUUCAGCUGUCUCGUCUCCUCCCAGGAAGGCUGCAGUGGCCUCAGUGAUGUAUACAGUAGCCACCCCCAUGCUGAACCCCUUCAUCUACAGCCUGAGGAGCAGGGAAAUCAAUAGAGCCCUGCAGAGGAUCCUCAGCAGAACGGCCUAA